ACCGCGCGUGCGCAGAGUGCAACCUAGUCCUGUGCGGGGAGGCAGCGGCGGCGGCGGCACGAUGCCCCGCGACAACAUGGCCUCGCUGAUCCAGCGGGUGGCCCGGCAGGCCCGCCUCACCUUCCGCCCGCUGGGCGGCGGCAACAACAACGGGCCGUGCUUCGCGGAGAACCUGCAGAGCCUCCAGCAGCUAUUGGACAAGGUGCGGGCCGAAGACCUGCGCUUGGUGGCCCGCGGUCCGUCGGCGGUGCCGGGCGCCGUGCAGCCCCCUGCCAGCUACAUGCACAUCUGCGAGACGGAGAGCUUCAGCAUGGGCGUCUUCGUGCUGCGCGCUGGCGCCUGCAUCCCCCUCCACGACCACCCGGGCAUGCACGGGCUGCUCAAGGUGCUCUACGGCACGCUGCGCAUCGCCUGCUUCGACGCGGCGGGGGGAGACGGAGGAGGCGACGGCGAGGGAAGUAGCAGCGGCAGCAGCGCCGCUUCUACCACCGGGUCGUCGACGGCGCCUUCGCCGAAACCCUCCUCAACCUCCCCGCGCCGCUACCGCGCCCUGCUGCGCUCGCACCAGCUCUACACGCCCGCCUCGGCUCCCUGCCGCCUCUCGCCGCACACCGACAACCUCCACCGCAUCGACGCCGUCGGCGGCCCCGCCGCUUUCCUCGACAUCCUUGCGCCGCCCUACGACCCCGAGCACGGACGGGACUGCCACUAUUACUGCCUGGGCGACGGGUUGAGCCUCACCCCCGACGCCGAGCACCAAGGGCUGCCCAAGGAGGUGUGGCUGCACGAAACCCCGCAGGCGCCCGAUUUCUGGUGCGGGGCGGAGCCCUACCCGGGGCCCCGGGUCUCUCCUUGAAGCAGAGGCUGGCCUGGGCCUGCCAUCCUUCUCCGCUGAAAUGGCCGACCAGAGCCAUCCUUCUCUUCCGGAGGGAUGCUGCUCAGGGGGAGAGGCCUGCCCUGCCCAGGUUCUGGCCCCAUGCCCCUUCGCUGGUUGCUGCACUGGAGACCUUCUAAAGCCAUAGUUAAUCCUGACUUUCCCCUGACCAGAUGCUUAUCUGAGUAAUAGUAAUAGGAGCAACCCAUGUGGGGUACUUCCCAGCAGAAGGCCAGCAUUCCUCCAGAGCAUUGCCAUGCGUCAGGAAACAGGCCUGUGCACACAGCCUCAUGAGAUUUUAAGUUCUCCAUCAGGGCUUUGAGAGCAUUGAGAAGCACAAGCCACAGGUCCUGAAACAACGCACUGCUGUUGACAUACGGAAUUGAAGUGAAAGCACGGUCUGCCCAACAUGUUGCAUUUCAAAUGGUGCAUGUGCAAGGCGCAGCAGCCAACUGAUGCUCAGCAUAGGAACCGAGAACACAAGUUGAUCCCUGUCUUUCGAGGCCAAUAGUGUCAGGCGCUUUGUGGCAGAUGCACCUCAGCUGCAUGGAGCUGGGAGAAGCGUCGUCAAUUCAGGACAUGGCUUGCAUCCCAUUUCUUGUCCUUGCAGGGAAACUACAAAACAGUCCGGUUCUGUGGGUGCAAAGCCGUUGGGUGCUGCCAUAUUUAUUUCUACUAAAUGAUGUGAAGAUAUGGGAAAGUAAUAACAUUUCAGGCACCAAGAUGGUAUUUAGUUUAAUUUAGAAGAACACUUUGAACCUUCACUUUCCCCCUUUGCUACAGCUAAAAAGUUAAAGGCAAUAAGAAUUCCGAGGCCCUCUGAAAAGAGCAGAUACUUGCCUAGCACUUCUUGCAUCUGUUUAGUAGAAUUCCAAGAUGGGAUUGGAGGACAGGGAGAUUUAUGCAGAAGAUGAUACCAAAUGGGCCGGAGCAGGACAGUAUACUUUGAAUUAACACUAUUGGUUGUAUUGUUGAAGUUAAGGUUUAAUUCUGCAUUACAGAUGCUGUUGGGUUGGACAUGAUUCUGUCAGAAAUAUUACAUCUGUGUUAAGAAUGUGUUUUAGUUAUUAAAAAUGAUAAUUCCUA